AUGGAAAGUGGGUUCGGCUGCGAAUAAAAAGCAUGCUUCUUGUACAUGUUUUUGGGAAUGAACGACACGGACGUGUGGAAGAGUAGAGCAAUACUACUUGCUGUUGACAUGCCAUAUUGGAUCUUUGCCUCUUGUGACUUGCGUAAAUGUGGCCGGUGCUGGGCAUGUGUGUGUAUUUGUGAAUUUAGCAUCCAUACCGAGUGUCUGUUGGUCUGAGUCUUGAUGUACCAUGUGAUUUAAUUCUAGAUGAGUACGAUCAACGGGGCAUCACAGCUCCUGUCCCAGCUGUGAUGAGAUCACACUGACCGACAUGAGGAUCCGAAUCACGUUGACAUGAGGUUGAUAUCACGAGGAAGAACUUUUUAAAAGACACAACACGAGUUUCAAUCUAUAGCUGCGAGCUA